UGAUUUCUGUACAAAAACAAGUGCCAAUUGACAAAACACAUUUUUUCCUUACGGCUGCAGAACCUUAGUGCACACUUUUCCCCGUAGUUUCAAUGUAUUUUUACUGUACAAGGAGUUUUCCAACUGGUUUGAUUUCUAUGACAAACGCCAAAAAAUUUUCGGCAAAAUGAAAGUUACAAUUAUACAAAAGUUUUUUAGAUUCUGUUAUUUUUCUGUUCCUGUUCCCGAAAAGAAAAUACCAAAACUAAGAGAUCAAAACAGCUCAAAAAACAACUCACUUCCUAGCUACGCACCGCCUAAACAAAAUUUUUAGUGUUCACAUGUGUGACCAGCUGGCGUUCUAAUGUUUUAAAUUCAUACAAUGUUGCCAGUUCAUUCGAAAAUGUGCACUUGCCGCUGGCGCAUUUUCGCCCUCUUUACUCUAUCCGUAGAUAUCUAGAACUAAUCCAUUUCGUGGUUCAUGAUCAUGCUUCACGCUUGCCAGCAAAAUUUGGUUACGAGAUCCUACGGUUGAAGACUCCAAAAGCGCGCUUCAUGGUCGUAAACCAUCGCCGUCAGUGAAUUGUGGACUCUUUGUCAUUAGUUGGUUGUCCUGUCUUGUCACGUGACACUACAGUCAUAUCUUAAUAUAACGUAACCUCGGUAUUACAUAAGUACGAUACUAUGUAACUCGAUGUAACGUAAAUUCAUUCUUUGUAAUGGCGAACAUCAUAGUUUAUUUAUUGCGUGCUGUGAAAUUUUCAAACUAAUUUACGUGUGAAAUUGUGUGUAUACAGUGGAAAUUGUGAUUCCAAAGUGUACCUAUUAAGGAUCUCAAUCAGGAUAAGUAGAAGUGCAGUAGUAACUACUACCUGUUUUGAUAUAAAUUUGUUAUUUCUUUCCGCCACUCACUGCGGUGUGAGCUGGUUUGUUUGGUGCUGUUUUUUUUUCUAUUGUCUCUGUUGCCUGUGCGACGCCGUACGUAGCGUCCACUGUGUAAGGCUGAAAUGGAAUGUGUAAAGUGUAAAUGUAUUGUCUUGAUUAACGAUCUCGUUUGCUGUUUUCGCUGCGGAGGGAGAUUUCACUCUCGCUGCGGUGGAAUAAGUGGACCCUCAGUGAAAUUAAUCAAUGCAAGCGAUAAUGUUCUGUUUAAAUGCAACGACUGUCUAUCAGUUCAGAGUUGUGACGAGCAGAAUGUUUCAGUUUUGGAUGUUGAUGCACUAAGACAGGAGAUCAAACAGAUUUCAAGUUUGAUUGCAGAUAUUCAAAACAACAUUACUGCUCAGAUAGGCAACGCGUUAAAGAGCGGGAUGGAAGAAAUGAGCUUAAAUAUAAUCAGUACUCUAAAGCAAAGAGGCGAUGAUUUUGAUAAAUUUAUUAGUGGAAAAAUGGAUAUUAUGACUAGUUCAUUUUUAGAAAAUAAACGUAGACAGGAGUUAGUUGAAAUGGGCAAUAAUGUGUCGGAUUCUGAUAGUUUGAAUCGGAAUGUGGCAAAAAAGACUAAAAAACGUAAAUUAAAUGAAGAUGGUAAUUGCGCGAAUAACGAAACAGAAGUUUUAACUUUUGCGAGUGUAGUUCGUGGUAAUAUAAAAAAACGUAAGGCUGGUCCAGUCAUUGUGAUCAAGCCAAAAGAGUCCUCCCAGAGUAGUGAAGCUACAAGGGAAUUUUUAAAGUCGAAUUUAGAUCCGAAGACCCACAAAAUAAGUAACUUUAGAAACGGGAAAGAUGGCUCAGUUAUUGUUGAGUGUGCAACAAAUGAUAACAUAGAGAUCGUGAAAAGUGGUAUUGAAAACAACCUUGGUGAAAGCUACACAGCUGUUGUACCCGUUCCCCCGGUGCCAAGAUUAAAAGUAAUGGGUAUGAGUGAUCAGUAUUCUCCUGACGCCUUCAUUGACCUUUUAAAGAGUCAAAACGAGGCGGUUUCUAUCGAUAGUAUCAAGGUUAUUAGUAUGUACGAAAAUCCACGUUUCAAAUAUAACAAGUUCAACGUGGUAAUUGAAGUCGAUAAAAAGUCGUAUAAUAGUUUGUUGACCGCGAAAAAAGUGAAUGUUGGGUGGGAUCGGUGCCACAUCAUUCCAGCGAUUAACAUUUUGAGAUGCUUCAAAUGUGGAGAAUUUGGGCACAAGAGCACAGAAUGUAAAAACGAUGAAAAGUGCUCCUUGUGUAGCGGGCAACACAAGACAUCUGAAUGUUCUUCCACUGUAUCGAAAUGCAUUAACUGUUUAAAAUUUAAUAAAGAACGCAAAAUGAAUUUGGACGUUAACCACGCAGCAUCUAGCUCGGAAUGCUCAGUUUACAAGAAAUUGUAUGAGCAAAAAAAAAGCAGCCUGCGUUUCGAUAAAUAGCAACCAAGUUCCAAGUGGAAUGUGAAUCAAUUCGAUAUGAUGUAUUUGAAUAUUGCAGGGUUAUCUACAAACUACGUUGCUUUGCGACAGAUUGUAGAGGAAAAGCGUCCAUUUUUGGUAUUUUUAUCAGAAACUCACAUUGUAGAUAUUGAUGCGUUCGACCAAUACUCUAUACCGGGAUACAAAAUAGCUGCUUGUUGCUCGCAUUCCAGACACACUGGCGGUGUUGCUAUUUAUGCACAGGAAUCAAUUCGAUUCAAUCUUCGCCACAACGAAGCAAUUGAUGGAAACUGGUUCUUGGGCAUUACGGUGGAAGGUGGCAUGAAGAUGGGUAAUUAUGGUGUUGUUUAUCAUUCUCCCAGUUCAAGUGACCAGCGUUUUAUGGAGAUUUUGGAAACUUGGUUCGAAGUUUUUGUGGAUUGUAGUAAAUUUAACCUUAUUACCGGAGAUUUUAACAUGAAUUGGCGCGAUAACCUCAAUUCAAAUCAUUUGAAGCGCUUAGCCGAAUUUUGCAAUUUGAAACAAAUAAUCAAUGAGUAUACCCGUAUUUCCAGACAUAGUAGGACUUUGAUUGACCACGUUUAUACUAAUUUUGACUCCGUUUCUGCAAUGGUGAGUCCCAAUUUAAAAGUUACCGAUCAUGAAACGAUUGUUAUAAAUAAUUGUGGUACGGGAAGUAAAAUAAAUCAAGUGAAAUUUAAGUGCUGGAAAAAUUACUCGAAACGAAAGGUUUCGGAGCUUGUUGCAAGAAACUUGGACUUUUCCCUAUCUCGUAGCCUUGAUGAUAAAGCAACUAUUUUGAACAAUGUUUUAAAAAACUGUACUAAUCAGUUAGUCAAACAAAAGAAUGUUGUUGUUAAGAACUCGAACAACUGGUACAAUCUAAAUCUUUUGCGCCUCAGGCGAAAAAGAGACAAAUUGUACAAGAAGUUUUGUAGAACAACAAAUGAUAAUGAUUGGUACAAUUAUACAGUUGCUAGGAAUAUAUAUUCACAAUCUCUGAACAAAACACGGAGCGAAUAUAUACAGGGGAAAAUUGAUCAACAUAAAAACAACAGCAAAGAGUUAUGGAGAAUACUGAAGUCAUUACUGAAACCUUGCAAUUUUAAUCCGCGGUCCAUAACUUUUGAUGGCAUUGAAGAACAUUCUGAAGCAACAAUUGCAAGUAAGUUCAAUGAUUAUUUCAUCGAAAGU